AUGGUGGUUGGCAAGAACAAGCGCCUUACAAAAGGUGGCAAAAAGGGAGCCAAAAAGAAAGCGGUUGAUCCAUUUUCUGAGAAAGAUUGGUAUGAUAUGAAAGCUCCUGCUGUGUUCAAUAUAAGAAAUAUUGGAAAAACACUAGUCACUGGGACUCAAGGAACCAAAAUUGCAUCUGAUGGCCUCAAGGGUCAUGUGUUUGAAGUGAGCCUUGCUGAUCUGCAGAAUGAUGAAGUUGCAUUUAGAAAAUUCAAGCUGAUUACAGAGGAUAAAAAGGUGAUGGAAAUCAUGACCCGAGAGGAGCAGACAAAUGACUCAAAAAACGUUGUCAAUAAAUUGAUUCCAGACAGCAUUGGAAAAGACAUAGAAAAGGCUCGCCAGUCUAUUUAUCCUCUCCAUGAUGUCCUCAUUAGAAAAGUAAAAAUGCUGAAGAAGCCCAGGUUUGAAUUGGGAAAAUUCAUGGAGCUUCAUGGUGGAGGUAGAAGUUCUGGGAAAGCUACUGGGGAUGAAACAGGUGCUAAAGUCGAGCGAGCUGAUGGAUAUGAACCACCAGUCCUAGAAUCCGUUUAA